GACGGCAUUUAUGGCAAACAUGGAGGAGGUGUGGCAGCUUUAGUCGGUGGAUAAAGGUUCGCCUAUGUUGUGGAAUUUGUGCUGCGAUGCAAGGUUCACACAACACUCAGGUGAAAAUGAAGAGUCUGGUUGGAUACUUUGGGCUCAUCUUGGCUUUUCUCUUCAGCUGCACAGGACAGGCUGAGGGACAGCGGACAAGAGGUCGAGGAACAGACUGCACACAGAUCAAGACUCGCUCACCACAAGCAUCCAGUGGAGUUUAUGCAGUCCAGCCUCCUGGAGUCAAGAAGCCAUUCAUGGUGUACUGUGAGAUGCGAGCAGAUGGAGGCUGGACGGUGUUUCAGAGACGCAGUGGACAAGCCGUUUCCUUCAACAGGAAAUGGGCAGCUUACAAAAAUGGUUUUGGAAACAUGACAAAGGACCACUGGCUCGGUCUGGAGAAGGUUUCCUCUGUGACCAAGGACAAGACCAAGAAGUGGACCCUUAGGGUGGACUUGUGGGACCAUGAAGGUGGCACUGCUUUUGCGGAGUACCGAAACUUUCGACUGGGAAAUGAGAAAACAGCUUUCAAACUGAAUGUGGGGAAAUACAGUGGAAACACAGGCGACGCCAUCCGAGGUGCCUAUUCAGGCAUCGACCAGAAUGGCUACGGCUUCAGCACCGUUGAUCGUGACAACGACGGCUGCUCCCCGUGCAUCUUUGGUGACAUUGCGAAGAACCAAUGUACCUCAUCAGAUGGCGGUGGUUGGUGGUACAGUCGCUGUGGUUCUGCCAGUCUGAAUGGUGACUGGCAUCCUGCUGGUGACAACAUCGGUUGGGCCUCUGGCCUUCACUGGCGCACCUGGAGACCUCCUGCACCUUACUCGGCCAAGGCCAGCAGAAUGAUGAUCAAGUCUGUGUGAGAGGAGAGCGUCCAUGUUUAACUCCAUGUUGGCUCACAUGUAAAAGAAGAAUCCAACAAUCAUCUUUGUACUGCUCUUACUUUUAGAAAGUGGUUGUUCAGUUUAUUUCACACUUGUGGGGUGAUUCUGCCUUUGGAGAUUAAACAGUUACAGUAAUGCUGGAUGCUAGUGUUCAGUCGUAACUUAAAUGUACCAAGUCACUUUGAGGAUUUUGAUGCAGCACAAUCCACAUCUAGUGCAAGGUGUUUAGCCUUUGUAAUAGCCGUGCUAACAAUCCACAAAAUGCAUUUAUUCCAUUAUGAAACUUCUACAAAUAAACUACUUGCAGAAC